UUCAUGGUUUUUGCAGGGGGGAGCUAACAUUACAUGGGAGUGAAUUAGGAGUGAUGACAUUGUUUGUAAGCAGCAGCUGAGUGCACCUUUACAUCUGCCUCUGAGGCCGGACGGCUAUUCACCUGUCCGAGCCGCCGCAGAUGGAGCAGCCGGACAAAAGGGGGGCAGACAGAUAAAACCCUAUCCAGAGCUGAGCCUGCGCUGCUGUUGACACUUUGAUAUCUAUAAUAGCUCUCAGGUUUCCUGCUUGUUUCAGAGGAAAUUAGGGAUUGAUUCUGGAUCAGACGGGGGGUUCUGGGUUUCCACUGUCAGCCAGGAUGUGGAUCCAGAGGAAACACUGUGAUAUCUGAGGAAAGUCCACCAAGAUUGACAUGGAUUAAGGAGCAAAUGAUUUCCAAGUAUGCAGCUUGCAUUACUUCUAGCUGGAAAGUGGAAUUAUCUGUGUGCUGCUAAAACUGUGGGAUUUCUGAAAUAUCCACCACUUCUACCAAGACUCAGAUGGAGAAAAAGUACCCAGCAAUUGCAGGAAGAGAGAAAGGGCCAGGACCUGGGCGCUAUGGGCUUCCUCCCACUAUUGGAUUUGUUGGCCACGACUUCACAAAGCCAACCAGCCCUGCCUACUCCUUCCACGGCCGGAUGAGUGAUAAUAUGUACCGUGUUGAUUCCAGUCCCGGGCCUCGAUAUCACGUCGAUGCAAAGAUUACUCGCUAUGGAAAGGACGGUACGCCUGCAUACUCAAUGUUGGGCAGAAUGAAAGCACAGAAAGAGCUGUUCCACACACCUGGACCUGGAGCCUACAGUCCUGAGAAAGCCCCCCCAUGCAACCUGCAGCGUAGACCCCCAUCCUACACCAUGGGAGCUCGAACACACUACCGCAGCACUGAUGCAGUUCCUGCUCCCAACAAGUACUCUCUGCCUCCCCUCAUGGGCUCUCAAAUCCCGAACAAACCAGCCAGCGCAAGCUACACCAUGUCAGGUAGUUUCAGCACAGGGGGACCGUCUGUGGAUUUAGCCAAGACCCCCGGGCCUUGUGGCUACAACAGUACGGACCCGAGUGUUUAUCUGACCAAACAGCCGGCGUUUUCAAUGUUGGGGCGUCACAACUUACCCAGAGACAGCACCAAGAAGCCAGGUCCAGGAACUUAUAAUCCAGAGAAAGUCACAGUUCACAAGGCCCGAGCACCAGCCUACUCCCUGGGAAUCAGACACUCUGAGUUUGUCACCCCACUAGUUGUCAGUGUUUCCGACUGAGAAAAUGACAAAUAUUAUUCGUAAUGUGAAAAAAAAAAAAAAAAAUCCAAUGGUCAAACGUAUAUGAAUACAUAUAUUUUAUUUUGUUCUUUGGGUAACAAAGAACUUGAAGAAUCAAUCAUAACUGAGUGACAAAAUUUACAAUAUCUAGAAAUAAUAUAUGCAUGUAGUACAAACAAGCUUAAAGAACAGAAAAUAUACAAAUAUAGAAAGUUAUGGGCUAAAUAAAUAAAACCCAAUACUCGAACGACAGCUCAGUAAAUAAAUCAGUUUUGACAAAAUGACAUAAACAGAUAUUUUUAAGUGUGCUAAAAGUGUACAGUUGACAGGCAGACUUUCCCUUUCAUACUGUCAAAAGGUUAUCAUUCACAGCCGUUUCUCAUUACCUCUAAAAAAUUUCUACGCAA